GUUUUAUUGGUUUAGGUGGCAAAGUCCCUCCAAACCAUUUAAGAAUAGUGAUGAUUGGAGGAUCAUUUGCUGGCAAAAGCUCAACAGGAAACGCCAUCCUGGGAAAAAAUGCUUUUCAUGUUAAUAAAAAUGGAAGAACAACCCAGAGUGAAAUCAGUCAUGGUGUGGUUGAAGGAAGGCGGCUCACAGUGGUCGAUUCUCCUGGUUGGUUCUGCAUCAACACCCUUCAGGAAACCAGUGAGAUGGAUAAACUGGAAAUAGAGAACAGUGUGAAUCUGUGUCCUCCAGGACCACAUGCUGUGCUGCUGGUUAUUCCUGUGAUAAUGAGCAUUGAUGAAUCAUAUCUGAGAUCUGUUCAGGAACACAUGAGUCUGUUUAGAGAAGAAAUCUGGAAACACACACUUGUUCUGUUUACAUGUGGAGACUGGUUAGGAGUGAAGACUGUAGAGGAGCGAAUAGAGAGUGAKGAAGKUCUGCAGUGGAUAGUGAACAAGUGUGAGAACAGGUAUCAUGUCCUGAACAACAAGGACCAGAGUGAUAARACUCAGGUAAAGGAACUACUGGAGAAGAUUGAAGAGAUGUGGGCAGGAAAUGAAGAUCCUUACUGUGAAGUGGAGCUGAACCGAGCAGCAGAGCUAGAAACCAAGAGAGAGACUGGAGACAAGAUGGCCAGAAGGUUGAAGAAGAUCAAUGAGAGAAAAUGUAGAGUCCUGAAAGAGUUGAUUCAAGAUGAGAGAAAUCCAAUCCCUGACAUCAGGAUUGUUCUUAUUGGUCAGAAAUGUUCAGGAAAAAGUAUAGCAGGAAACAUGAUUCUGUUCAAGGAUCAAUUUAAUAAAACUUUUGAUAGAGCUUGGUUGAAAAAGACCUACCAAGAUCAUAGAGAAAUGUCAACAUGUGUGAAACAUGAAGGAAACUUUGAUGGAGUAAAAGUCUCAGUUGUUGAAACUCCAGGCUGGUUCUCAGACCCAACACCACCUGACUGGAUCAAAGAUGAAGUUCUCCACAGUGUCUCCAUGUGUUCUCCUGGACCUCAUGUUUUUCUCCUGCUUGUUCCCAUCMUCAGAUCUUUCACAGAGAAAGAUCUCAAAGCUCUGGUGGAGAUCUUGAAGCCAUUAACAGAGAGAGUGUGGAGACACUGCAUGGUGCUGUUUACCUGGGGAGACUGGAUCAACGACAUCCCUGUAGAGAAUUACAUUGUCAGAGAGGGAAAGGAGCUCCAGGAGCUUCUGGAGAAAUGUGGGGACAGAUACCAUGUUCUAAACCCCAAACAUUCUGAUUAUUCUGUACAAGUCAAAGAGCUUUUUCAAAAAAUUGAUAUGGUAAAACAAAACACGGAAUUCUUCACAAUUAAAGCUGAAGAAAAUAAACUACAAAUUCUACCGUGGCAAGCAAAGCAGAUGGAAAAAGAACAGAAAAGAAGAGAACAGGGGCUGAUACAGCGAAUGAUGAAAGCUUUAGCAAAGGAACCAGAGGAACAAACAGUGCAUCAUGUGAGAACAGCAGACAGUAAAGAUGACCGUGUCAUUCCUGACAUGAAUGGAGAUGUUGCCUCAGAAUAUGGGAGCAUUUCAGAGAACAGGAGACGACGAGGACAUGACAACGUUGCUGAUUGGCUGACUAGCAGAGUGAGAGAGUCAGAGAUCAGCUCUGGGAUCAGCAGCAUUUGUUCCUCAAACACUUAUAUAGAAAACUUUGAUGAAAGUUCUGAAAUUGAUUAAAGUCAACCUGCACAUUUAGGAAAAGAACAAAGUACUCACUUAAGGGUUUGUAAAACAUAUAUAUAUGUACAUGUCAUAUUGGAAGCUACUCACUUGACCCACAUGCAGAACACUAACAGGAGAUAGAGAAAUUGGAUAAAUAGUUUAUUUUUGAACAGAUCAAUGUUUGGUGUAUUGUGUGAUUUAGUCCUGGGACCACUGGAUCUGGAUCACCUGCAAUCUGAAGGCAGGGGAGAUGAGAGGUAAAUGGAUUGUAGGAAUGAAAAAAGUGAGUACUGGAACGGGCUUGCCGAGUGAGAUGAGGUGAAUCCACUAGGAGAGGAGAGGUUUGGAUACUGGAGCCUGGGUUGCUUGUGAGAGAGGGAGGUGCAGUCCAGGUUCUGAUGGUGAAAGGAAUUUCUGAAGAUGCUGAUGAAGGUACACAGCAAAAUUCAGAAAUGUCAGAUUUCCAGUGAAAGUGUGGAAUGUUAAGAAUACAGCAUUAAUUCAACAACACGCAUGUUG